CUGCAAGAUCAUCAUGAAGUUGGUUCUGUCUGUGCUGCUCUUUUUUUUCCCCCCAAAUUCAAGCGCCUCUGUUUAAAAUCGCAGAGAAACUCGAACAGAUUAAUUUUAUUGUAACUGCAAUGCAAAGUUCACGACUUGUUCAAAUAUUUUCAUCGGAACUUUCAAGCUGCCUCUUUAUCUUUAACAGUUAUUUAUUUAAUUCAACGGCACGAGCUAUCAGCCAAACAGCAGCUGUAACUAAUAAUACAACAGACAGGAGGAAGCUGGUUGACCAGUCACUGUUCUCACACAUCCAGCAGCACAACUUCCUGCUUGUGAGUCUCUGUGCAUGUGUGUUUGUGGUUUUUGACAGAGUGGCAGAGACAGACAGAUAGAGAGAGAGUUGGUGCAUGAGAUGACAAACAGCUUUGACAGUCACCCAAAAAUUUACCGGCGACAGCAGCGAAGAGCAGAGUAAUGGAGCCACUACAGAUCAGAGAGGGAUACUUGGUGAAAAAGGCUGCCUGUGGUCUCCUAUCCCAUUGAUCCUCAGGGUACAGUGCUAAACUCCUGGAAGGCAGUGUGGGUGGUGUUGUCAGAAGAUGGGGUGGAAUUCUAUAAAAAGAAAACAGACCGUUCUCCAAAAGGAAUGAUCCCACUAAAGGGAGCAACAGUUUUCAGUCCGUGCCAGGAUUUUGGCAAGAGGAUGCUGGUUUUCAAGCUUACCACUGACAAGAAGCAGGAUCACUUCUUCCAAGCCUCACAUGUGGAGGAGAGAGAGUUUUGGGUCAAGGACAUCAAGAGAGCCAUUACCUGCCUACAGGGGGGGAGAAAGUUUGCCAGGAAGUCCACAAGACGCUCCAUUCGCCUGCCUGACAGAAUAAACCUGACUGAGCUGUACACACUGAUGAAAGACCAGGAUGAUGGAGUGAAAGAGUUAAAACUGGAGCAGGAGAAUCGAGUCUUCAACCACUGCUUCACUGGUGCAACAGUGAUAGAGUGGCUGAUUUCAAAAGAGAAAGCAAGAAAUAGGCCUGAGGCCCAUAUGUUAGCAGUAGGGCUCCUGAAUGAGGGUUUUCUCCAGCCUGCGGAUGACCUGGCAAAAGACGGAGCUGAGGGAGGAGACCAAACAACCUUCUUAGAUCAGACAAAUGCUCUUUACUACUUUGCGGACAGUGGGUUCUUCUGUGAAGGCUACUCCAGUGAUGAAGAUGUUCUUGUGAAGGAAGAAUUCAGAGGAAAUAUCAUAAAACAAGGGUGCUUACUUAAACAGGGACAUAGGAGAAAAAACUGGAAGGUACGCAAAUUCAUACUGAGAGAUGACCCUGCUUACAUGCACUAUUAUGAUCCCACAAAGGGUGAUGACCCUCUGGGCUCGAUCCAUCUCCGGGGGUCUGUGGUUACAGCUGUGGAGUACGUGCCUGAUGCCAAGAAAUACGACAUUGAUGGCAACCUCUUUGAGAUCAUCACCUCAGAUGAGGUUCAUUACUUCUUCCAAGCUGCUACAUGCGAGGAAAGAAAGGAGUGGAUCAAAGCAAUACAGGCAGUGUCAAAAAGUGGAAAAUAAUAGGAGCCGUGGAGCAGCAGUGGAAUAUGUGCCAGCCACAGCUGAAUCAACGGAUUGUAAAAGUCUGAUUGAUCUGAAAUUACAUUCAACAGUGUGUCAGCUAAUUUAACUAGUAUAACGAAUAGAUUAUCAUAAUGUUGUGCUGUGUCAUUUUAGAAUAACUGGCGAGUUUCUCCCCCCUCUAUACACUAUCAAACUAUGAAGUUUUUGUGCAUCAUGUAACCAUGGGAAGUGGUAAAAAAAAAAGUAUAUAUUAAAAUAUAUAUAAUAAAAGUUAUAUUGUCUAAAUUUAAAAGUUUAAAGUUUUAUCACUACUUCCUAAUUACAUUUAUUUAUACAAAUGAUGUCACAGCACUUUGAUGUGUGGCAAUAUAUUUUUAAACCAGCAGCACUUUACAUUCCAGCUCAGUAAUAACAAGGUUAUAAGGCGUAACAUCUUGGGAACAACAGGUAACGAAGGAAUAAUAUCGUGGUAAUUACAUUGCUAAUAACCUAUUCAUAUUUUGGGAAUAGCAAUGAGAAUACUUUAGCAGUAUUAGGGUUUAUUUUCCACAAUAAGGCAACAUUAGGGUGAAAACAUGUGAGUAAUACUGCGAAGAACAGCUUAAUAAAACAUAAUAAAACUUAAUAAAAAUAGGAACAGAAAUAGAAAAUGUCAGUUGGGUAAUAACAGGGUAAUAUUACUCCAUGUAAAGUCUUAUUAUAGAGUAAUAAUGGGGUUAAUGUGGUUCAUAAUUAAAAAUCAAAAAGAAAGAGAAGAACUAAUACUACUACUAAUAGUAACACAAAAUUGUCAAUAAUAGUAAUAAUGGUGUAAUAUCUGUCCUAUUAUUACCUUGAAAUAUUUGUACCUGCUAUUACCCUACAAAAUUUAAACCUCAUUAUUAUUACCAAGAUAUUACCAGGCUGUUACCUGUGUAAUUACCAUGUUAAUGCCCCAGUAUUCCCCUGUUCCCAAGAAAUUAGCCCAUAUUGCCUUGUUAUCACUGAGCUUCUUAAUGAAGACAUCUCAGAUUCUACCAUAUAAAACAAACUAUAUUGUAUAACUCGUGCAUCUGUAGGUGCAGAGUAUAUUACAAGCUGUAUGCUCUUUUACUUGCUACCUAACCAGACAAGUAAACUAAUGUUACUCUAUUAUGCAUAUGAUACAUUAGGGAAGCUGUUUCCUGAGAGAGCUGACCUGUGAUCAUCUUCGAAUAUAGAUGACAUAAAAUUGUGCAGAAUUAUUUAAUAGCUGUUGUAUGAUGUAACAUACAAAAAGUCACAAAUUUAAAGCACUUUCUGUUUGAAUAUCCAUGUAAAAGCCAGUAGGGGGAAUGAGGCAUUCCAUGUUUUUGGCUCAAGGCUCAAUUCUGCCCAUUGUGGUUUCGUGGAUUUCCUCCUUGUUAACUUGUCUUUCGAAGUUCUGGUAUAAAUUGAGCUAUCGUACAAGCACACCCAGUUCCUGUGUCUGAAAAAGUCUGAAUCAUAUUCCGCCUUCACAGUUCAGUGUCACUUUGUGGCUUCCACGCCUCCUGCAUCUGUAAGAAAAUUUGUCAGUGACAGUAAAUGACUGACCUGAGCCACAGUAUGACUACAUUAAAAAACUUUUGUAUGAUAGAAAUUUAAAGUGAUGAUAACUGAAGUGAUGAUAAUUAAAGGAUAACUUCCAGUUUAUAACAACCUUGAGGCUUAAUUUCAUAGGUGUGGACAUCAGUCCUAUCCACGGUUAUAAUAUUAUACUGAACAAGUGAUUUGCUGAGAUCUGGGAAUGGUACAAAUAAGUCAGACAGCACUAGACACACAUGCUCACAUGUUCCCUGAGAAGUUACUUUGGUGAGUACAGUGUUAUUGCAAUUCAUUAAUUUCACUUUGAUUUGAUCAAACACUUUUUGCACGUUAACUUUUGCCACUUUGUCACCUUUUACCAAUAAUGUGUUUCUUCCAAGGAGUCCUGCUGAAUCACUUUGACAGCACUGACAUUUUUCUGUGUAAAUACCCAUAGGCACCAAUCACCCACUUGCUUGCUCACACAGCUGUUAUUUUCUCGCGGCCUACUCUUCAGUACAACUCAUAGGGCAGACACAGGUAAUCCUUGAUUCAAAGAAAAAAACAUAUAAAUCUGAAUUAGUUUGAUAAAGUAAGUAGCAAUAUCAAUGUUUGGUGGAUAGAAAACUAUUAUGAUUGCACUGACUUGUCUAUGUAGCUUCUUUACAAGUUGUCUGAUUUUUGUAGAAGGGUAGGAAUAAGCUGUGGUUUCAACCGUUUCCUUUUUAGCCAUUGCCAGAAUCUUGUUUUGACACGGAGCCAUUAUAUCGAAACCGUGAAAGCACAUGGCUACAUCUCUGUUUUCAGUUUUCACUGUUAUUUAUAACAAGACCGAAAUCAAGAUUUUUAUUUUCAUGAUCACACAAUUGUUAUUGAUCAUCCAAAAUUCAUACAUUACCGUGGCUGUCUGCAUGUGUGUGUUUUACCAUUUUAACACAGGAGGGCACUAUAUAUUAACCUAAGACUGUUGCUGUGAGUCAUAGCAAAUCGGGAUCUUGCUUUCAAUUGUUAAUAGUUGAUUUUCCUAUUCUUGAAAAACAUGGUGAAAAGUAGGUUAGACUAAUCAAACUGCUUACACAUUUUAUGUAUACAGGCUGUGAUAUGUCAACACCCUGUGGUCCAUUACCCACAUAUAGUCUCAGAGCACGUAUGUCCUCAGUGAAAAACAAGAAUUAAUUUCAUUUAUGCUUUUGUGAAUGAUAUUGAUAUUGUGAAAGAUAGAAACUGUGACCAUUCAAGGAAACACAAUCAGAAUAUUUGUUAAGUUGUGACUAUGUCUGAAGCAAUACCAUGUAGACAUCAAUCAGUAUGUGGUAAUUGCUGUACAUUUUAUAUAAUCAUUCAGAGGUCUUAUCCGCACACAAACUGAUUCAAUCAAUCUACGUUUAAUCAGCUAGUCAGUGUAAAUGUAUUACAACAGUUCUGGUCCAUCCUGGUUGAUGCACAUGACGCUCUGUAAAAGCUGUGUUCAUGCACACUGUUGCAAUGAGGGUGCUGUGUGCAGUAAAUCGACUCGUAGCUUGUUGUUGUACCAAGACACAGCAGCACUUUCAGCCUUUGUGUAAAAAACUGGUUCUGGAGGAGGGAAAAGCAUCACACAUCGCCCAUACUCUUCAACUAACAUGAAAGAUGAAAAAGGUAGUGAGCUGCUAUUCCAGUUUAUUGGCACCAAAGUGCAACAUCUGAUACGGUCAUGAAUAAAUGAGUGAAAAUACGAAAUACAAUACAGCUGAAUUUGCAGUAUAGAAAAUAAAGCCAUAAAUUGUACUGUGUACUGUGGUGUUGAUGUUUUCACAAACUGAAAAAGAGAUUUUUAAAAUGCCCCUAUCAACUAAGAAACAACGGGUGAAAAGAGACAGGGAGAAAGAGCAGACUCUGUCAAACUUCCCCCUCUAAAAAAUGGCAGAAAUAAAUCAACAAACAGGAAAACACACAGGAAAACGUUAUUUUUCUCAAACCCUGCUUGUACUAAUGUGGGUGAUGCAUUUAAAAAUGCUUCUUUUUCUCUUCUGUGUUUGGCACUCCAAACGUUAUGCCGGCGCUACAACA